AUCGCUCACAAGCAGCAGGGUCUCGCCAUGGCCGAAACGGACUGGAAACAUGCUAUACGCGACCUGAAAGGCGUUCUGUUAGACAUGUGCGGCGUUUUGUAUGACAGCGGGGAGGGAGACGGCGUGGCUAUUGAUGGGUCGAUAGAAGCGGUGAAAAGGCUCAAAGCGUCGGACCUGCAGCUGCGCUUCUGCACCAACGAGACCCAGGCCACACGGGAGAAGUUCGUGGCAAAGCUGGGGCGCUUGGGCUUCGACAUCUGCGUGGACGAAGUCUUCUCCCCAGCACCUGCGGCCGUGACCAUCCUGAAGGAGCGCGGCCUGAGGCCCCACCUGCUGGUGCACAACGAUGUGGUGCCUGAGUUUGAAACAGUGGAGAAGACUGACCCAAACUGUGUGAUUAUUGGUGAUGCUGCUGACAGCUUCUCCUACCAGAACCUAAACAAAGCCUUUCAGGUCCUCAUUGGGCUAGAGACACCAGUGCUGUUCUCCCUGGGAAGAGGGCGCUACUACAAGGAAAUGGAUGGUCUGAAGCUGGAUGUAGGAGCUUACAUGAAGGCCCUUGAGUAUGCCUGUGAUGUGGAGGCGGAGGUUGUGGGAAAGCCUUCCCCAGUGUUUUUCCAGAGUGUUCUGGCGGACAUGGGAAUCCAGCCCAGCCAGGCCUUGAUGAUUGGUGAUGACCUGGUGAAUGACGUGGGCGGGGCCCAGAGCUGUGGAAUGCGUGGGCUCCUCGUGAAGACGGGCAAGUACAGGCCGAGCGACGAGAGUCACCCCACGGUAAAGGCUGACGGCUGUGUGGACAACCUGGCUGAAGCGGUGGACAUCCUCCUGAAGCACCGGGGGCAGUGACCCCACCACCAGCCCCACUCACAGACAUCCAGCUUCCUCCCCAGGACAGAGACUAACCUGGAACCUGCACACCCAGCUUGGGGACUAAACACCGUGAUCCUAAUCAAUGGGCGAAAUAAUGUGACACUACACCGUCGGUCUAACCAAAUGUAUGAAGGAAGGUUGGGUGGAACCAGUACGCCUUAACGACCUUAGAUGUUAACAAAAUGGGGAGGAGCAGGGGGAAAAAAUAAAAAUUUGAUACCUA